AAGUGGUCUGGUCCGUCCUGCUGCCAUGUUGAAUGUACGCAUCGCCGCUGCAGCUGCAGGAGUUUCCGAAUGAAAGUUGAGCUUAUAUCCGCGUGCAGGCACACAGUACGUCCUUAAUUUUUUAUUUUACGCAAAACUGAGAAGUUGGGUUUCUUCAUUAAGCAGGAGCAAGCCUGUAAAACACCCCCCGGUCCCCCCUCCCCCGCCCCCCGGUUCGGAGUCGGACUCGGCGGAGAUGAUCCGGUUGCAGGCCAACGCAUGGAUUUUCUCUAACUAGCAGUGCUUGCUGAGUCCGUCCGGGCAGAUCCGCGUCGUUUCGGGGGUCAACUCGAAGAAUUUGGAGCCAUGAACAGCAACCCGCCGCCCCGCAGGGCUCUCAACGUGGGCUCCAUCCUCCUGACCCCGCAGGAGAACGAGUGCCUGUUCGGCUACCUGGGCAGGAAAUGCGCCACGCUGUGCUCGGCCGUGGUCCAGCUGUACGGCGCGGACCGCAGCUGCUGCUGGGUGAAGAGGUGCUGCGGCGUGGCCUGCCUGGUCAAGGACAACCCGCAGAGGUCCUACUUCAUCAGAGUGUUCGACAUCAAGGAAGGGAAAACCAUGUUUGAACAGGAGCUUUACCACAACUUCUCCAUCAGCAGCUCCAGAUCCUACUUCAUCUCGUUCACAGGCGAUACCUGUCAGGUCGGUCUGAACUUCGCCAGUGAAGAAGAGGCCAGAAGAUUCCGAGCCGCCAUCAACGACCUGCUCAACCGACGACAGCGCAAAACCGAGAAGAGAGGUGACCCUAAAAAUGGUCCAGCUCUGCACAUCGCCACCGUGGACAUCAAGAACCCGGAGAUCAACAACGUCAGAUUCCACAACUCCCACAGCCACCAGCAGCCAUACCACCUCAACAACAUGCUGAGCCACAGCGGCUUGAACAGGAAGGACAAGAAGACCAAAAGCAAGAAGAAGAAGCUGACCAAGGCUGACAUCGGCACGCCCAGCAACUUCCAGCACAUCGGUCACGUGGGCUGGGAUCCAAACACAGGUUUUGAUCUGAACAACCUGGACCCUGAACUCAAGAACCUGUUCGACAUGUGCGGCAUCUCUGAGGCUCAGCUGAAGGACCGAGAGACUUCUAAGGUCAUCUACGACUUCAUCGAGAAGAAGGGAGGCGUGGAGGCCGUCAAGAACGAGCUGAGGAGGCAGGCACCCCCUCCACCCCCUUCUCGUGGUGGCCCGCCUCCACCUCCUCCGCCUGCACACAACUCGGCUCCCCCCCUUCCACCAUCCAGAGACGAAGACGAGGAUGAUGACGAAGACGAGGACUUUGAAGACGAUGACGAGUGGGACGACUAG